AUGCCCGUCUACGCCGGUGAAGACGGCUCACCACAGCUUUACACCCCGUCAUCGGCUUCAUACGACACCACCACUUUCCCACCCAUCAACGUUAACCCUCCCCAAGCUCAAAGCCAACCCAACCGGCAGCACGACCCAGAAAAGCAGCCGCACGAGGUAUCCCCCGUCCCCCUGGUGGGUGGCAGGGCGCCUCAGUCGGAGCAGAUCCGAUUUCCCAGCGCCAAGCCGACCGUGGUUCUGUUUUUGAGGCAUUGUGGAUGUCCUUUCGCAGAAAAAGCCUUCCGCCUACUCACCGCCCUCUCCGUGUCGCACCCCAACCUGCACUUCCUCGCCGUCUCGCACUCCUCCCCUUCCGACACCGACGCCUGGGUGAUCGACGUCGGCGGCGAGUGGGAAGCCGACGUGAUCGUCGACGAGUCCCGCGCGCUGUACGCCAAGUGGGGCCUAGGCACCACCUCCACCUGGUACGCUUACAAGCCGUGGGCACUAUGGAACACGUAUAAGCUUGGGGUUGCUGAAGGGAUUUGGGGACGGAAAGAGAAACCGAGGGCGGCCAGUGUUGGUUCUGGAUCGGUCUGGCAGAUGGGAGGAGCCUUUGCAGUCGAUAGGAUGGGGUUUGUGAGGUGGGUGGGCGUGCCGGCGGAUGCGAGUGAGGUGCCGGAUUUGAAGAGGGCGGUGGAGGUGUUGGAGGAGCAGUAUGGUGGACCAGGGCAAGGGACUGGUAGUGUUAAAGUGAAGAAGAACGGUAAGGCUUAGUAUCAGAUUAUCACAUCUUCGCCGGUUGAUGGGUUUUAAAAGUCCUUGUAUGAGGAUGUUUGUGUUCAGUGUCUUGGCCGGGUUUUCCUGUGGGUUGGACUGG